AUGGCUUGGCCGAAUACAGCGGAAAAGCGGGAGAUGAAAGAUUCAGCGUUAGAAGAACGAGCGAAUGAGCACGUUCCUUUCCCAGGCAAGAAAGCCGUCAGAAAGCGCAAAAUGGCUGCAGGAUCGCCUAAUGCGGAGCCCGAAGCUGGCCACGCGGCGCGAAAAACACCCUACCUUGUUCCAUGCGUCAAAUUACUAUGUGGCAAUCACGGUGUGAUGGUGGACGAAUUCAUAAGCUUGUAUAUCGGUGAAGAGGGUAUCUCGGAGAUCAUUGAACCGGUCUUCGAGGUCACGGAUCCGGUGUUCCGGGAAUUGCUGGCACUUGGCCAAUCCGAAAGAGCAGAGGCAGCCAAGAGGAUAUUACAGCCACUGGACGUCUUUUCAAGCGAUAUGAUGGCGUCCAUGCGAGUGUUGAAUGUUCCCGCAGGAGCUGCAUUCUGGGAAGAAUUUCCGUCGUACGUUUCCCAAAGAUACAGUCGAUGA